AAGGGAUUUUUUUCAGGGCGGAGUUUUUAGUGGCAGUAGUGGAUGAGGAGGGCUGGCUGGGCUGUCAGGUGGCAGCAUGCAGGAUCUCAGGUGAGCUGGUGGAGCAGAAGGGAGAGACAAUUCCUUCUGCACACGAGGGGAGAAAAUACAGAAGCAUGAGACGAAGAUCUGAACAGAAAAACACAAGAAAGGCGUGAGAAAAAUCUCAGCAGUAGAUAAUACUUUGAAGAUAGUGAAUCUAAUAGAAAGUGGCUCUGAUAUAAUCACCAUACGGGACGGAACAACUCCUCCAUGUGAGUGUGAAACAGUCAGUGAACAGGCUGCAGCUAACAGGGAGACAGAACCAGUGAUUGUGGCUGUUUUGAUGACAUGUUGUGAUGAAAUGCUCCAUGUUCUCCUGCUCUCACCAUGUCAGCUCUCCACUGUGCAACAAUGAACAGCUUGAUCUCGGUUGCUGUGAUCCUUCAGCUGGUGAUCACAGGAAUAAAGACUGAUGGGCAGUAUCAAUUUGGAGAUAUAAUUGAGUUUCCGAGGUACUGUAUGGAGGGCAUGCCAAUAUACAGUCACUUUGCUGUCUACGUGGGCCCAGAGAGCGGGGUGAACGUUGGCCAAGGUGAUAAUGACAUAUUUCACCGCACAGAUUGGAAAGGGAAGGAAUAUGUCUGUGAAUUCGAUAAACUUAACGAGACAAUAUGGAAUUCAGUUGACAAGGAGAAGAAUUACCUUGACUUUGAAGUUCCAGCUGGAAACAGAACAACUGACAAGAUUAAGGAAAGAAUCAAAGAAAUGGAAAAAAAGUGUGAAAAAUAUACUUACUUAUCCAGCAACUGUGAACACCUUGUUACCUAUGUGCGCUAUGGCAGACGGCUCUCACUGCAGAAAGGAACACACUUCGGAUAUAUUCUUCCUCUGGUAAACAGACUCAAAAAUGAAGAAAUAGAAGAGCAAUAUGAAGCUGUCCUGAAAAUCUCUGUAGAAGCACUCAGAAAUAAAACACGCAAUGCAGAGAAUAAUGAAGAUCUCUGUUCAAAUGAUGCCCCCAAACCUGACAUCCCGACAGGCAAACUGUCAGCCUGUUGCAUUGCUCUUGCUAUCUUCUGCUGUGUCCUCAGUUGUUUAUGUGUGGGGUGGAUUGUGAAAUGCUUCAUUAUCAAGAAAAGUAGGGCGUGUUCACAGGAGGGAGUGUAGAGAUUUACUUCAGGACCGUCUUGCAUCAAGGAUCAUAAUGGAUUUGCUAUCUGUUUAGUGUUUUCAGGGUUAGGGUUACGUCUUAUUUUCCAGUAUUAAAUUGGAAAGUUGCAGUAAAAAAUGAAACAGGAGCAACUGUUAAUCAGGUCACAGUCCUGCUGUGAGCAGUUUUAAAGUGAAGGACUUUCUACUGAAGGAAAAGUCAAAAUGAAAACUCUGUUGUGUAACGAACCAGAGUAAACCUUUUUUAUUUUAAUCUACUUAUUUUAAUGUUUGUUUCUUAAAGUCCUCCUGCUUGUUUUUAAUGCAAUUUUUAAUGUUUUUUUGAUGCAAGUUUUGAUGUUUUUUGAUGAUGGGAUAAUUUUCUCGAGAUCUCGUGAUAACAAAACUUUGUUUUCCUGAGUUAACGAUAUGAUUAAUUUGAAAUCUUGAGAAAACAAAAAGAUAGUGUAGUAUAUUAAAUCAUCAUUCAGUGUAGCAGUGUCAGAGGAGCAGGAGCAUAUCGAUCACUGUGUCACAUACCUUUUCAACCAAGGCCUGACAGGAUGAUAUAGCAUUAUGUCUUGCUAUUACAGAUAAUAUACACAUUAAUGUGCGUAAUCUAAGAAUCUAAGAAGGUUAGCAAGGCUUCAGCUAUAUCGGCGGCGCAAUCUAAGUGAGCCUGACGUCGUCGUUGUAGCAUCCUCGCUGAAUGAUGGUCAGACUCUAACUGAUGAUGUUUGACGCUAAAUAAGUCCCACGUUUAGGGUCUAAUAUAAUCAAUGAAAUAAUAACCUGGCUUCAGAGAAUAUCAGUAAACUAUGAAUGCAUGGCUGCUUAGGGCUUCUGUAAUUUCUAAUGUCUUUUACAUUAUUUUAUUUUUUUUUAUUUUUAAUGUUUUUUUUAAUGUAAUUUGCAUGCUCCUGUUAAGCACUCUGAGUUGCCUUUUGUCUGAAUUAUCUAUACAAAUAAACUUGCCUUGUCUAAUUUGAACUAUUUCUAAUAAGACUCACAUGACGUGAGAUGUUAUAUGAAAUAAAAAUGAAUGAGCAAGAAC